ACCAUGCCAGGUCACGUGUUCCGGCGUGUUGCGUAGGACCAAAGCUGUGGGUGAGGGAUUACGCAAAGGUGGAAAUCGAACAAAAUUUGAUUUAAGGCUAGAACAAACAGGCAACUCAAUAUAAUUUCAGAUGAAAAUGUCUGAAUUAACUGUGCCUACAUCACUGGGGACGGUGCCUGCUGGUCAGGCUGAGGGGAAGAAGCCUUUGAAACCAUGCUGUGCAUGUCCUGAGACCAAGAAAGUCAGGGAUGCCUGUAUAAUUGAGAAAGGGGAGGAGAACUGCAAAGACCUGAUUGAAGCUCAUAAAGAGUGUAUGAGAGCAUUGGGAUUUAAGAUUUGAUGAGGCACUGUCUUUGGAAGAGUGUGGUUUUGUGUCUUGGAUUAAAUUAAUGUAUGCUGUGCUGUCUGAAGUUGAAUGAAGAUGAGUUGUAUGUGGAUAUAUUGCUACAGAAAAUAACUCUCAUCAAAAGCUGGAACUAAAUACUCGACUUCUGUGAGAUAUAUUAAAAAUCAAUCAGAUUACCAAUAUUGUUUCUGCCAUUUCUUGUCCACAGUUAUAUAAAAUAAGAUCUAUUUAAAUUUGUUUGAUUUAUCCUUCAAUAAAAGUUUGAAAAUUCCA